AAGCCUCUGUCGGUUGGUUGGCCCGGUGGUGACGUGUUAUCCCUGCUGCACGGCCAUUGAGGAGGAAAGCUCGGUGGUCGCGGGGAAUAUUUUGUACAGCAUUGGCUCUGAGUUUGGAGGUUAUACCGUGUCUAUCCGCACAGAGCUCAGUGAUGGAGGCCCAGGAUCCCGGCAGUUACUACAACUUCCAGCAAGCACAGGCAUUUUACGCCUAUCCAUUCCAUCAAAUGAUGAAUGGUCCAUCGACCAUGGAACUGGGUAAUGAACAGAGGACCCUGCACACUCUCACUGGAGUACCAGCCACUGAGCUUCAGGCCUUUUCUGGCAUGCCAGCCAACGAGCCCCAGGUUCUGCACACCUUGACAGGUGUGCCAGCCAACGAACCUCUUGACAUGCAUGUGUUAAUGGGGGCACCAGACAUUGCUCAGGGAAACCUACAAGAGCCUACUACUGGAAAAAGAAAGAGAGGGAGGGCUCCAGCUGAACCAAAACCAAAGAAGUCAGCUGAAAAGCCCCCUAAGGCACCUAAAGCCCCUAAGGCCCCUAAAUCUGGGAAGCAAGAGAAGAUCACAGAUACUUUUAAAGUGAAGAGGAAAGUGGACAGAUUUAAUGGGGUGUCUGAAGCUGAGCUCUUAACUAAAACCUUGCCAGAUAUCCUAACAUUUAACUUGGAUAUAGUAAUUAUUGGAAUUAACCCAGGUCUUAUGGCAGCAUACAAAGGCCACCACUACCCAGGCCCUGGGAACCACUUCUGGAAGUGCCUUUUCCUAUCAGGGCUCAGUGAUACGCAACUGAACCACUUAGAUGACCAUGCUCUCCCCGAGAAGUAUGGCAUUGGUUUCACCAACAUGGUGGAGAGAACUACCCCAGGUAGUAAGGACCUCUCUAGUAAGGAGUUCCGUGAGGGAGGAAGGAUCCUAGUUCAAAAGCUGCAGAAAUACAAACCACGUAUAGCUGCUUUUAAUGGAAAAUGUAUAUAUGAAAUCUUUAGCAAAGAAAUUUUUGGUGUCAAGAUCAAAAAAUUUGAUUUUGGACUCCAACCACACAGAGUUCCAGAGACAAAUACAGUUUGUUAUGUCAUGCCUUCAUCAAGUGCUCGGUGCGCACAGUUUCCUCGAGCUCAAGACAAGGUUCAUCACUACAUCAAAUUAAAAGAUUUGAGAGACCAACUGAAGGGUGUUGAGACCACCCAGGAAAUUCAGGAAGUGCAGUACACCUUCAACUUGCAGCUGGCGCAAGAGGAUGCGAAGAGACAGGCUGUAAAGGAGGAGAAGUAUGAUCCUGGGUAUGAUGCUGCAGCUUUUGGGAAUGCACCUGAAGAGACACCCAAUGCCGAGGGUGGCACCAGUAACUUGCCAGACCCAGCAGUGCCCUGUAACUCAGAGAUAGCUGAACAUUCUCAGAAUGGACAAUGGGCGCCCCAGCCCUUUGCUGAACAGAUGUCUACAUUUAAUCAUAGUGAAGGCCAGCAUCAAGAAAAUGGCAGCUUCUGAGGAGCACCUGCAUUCCAAGCUAUGCAAGCAUACUGCAGUUUUAUUGCAGUGACAAGGAACUGAACCUCAGUUGAAGAACUGAUGCCUUUUUUCUCAUUUUACCUCUGAUCUUAAUCCUAGUGUACGCAUUAAUAGUAGAUAUUACCUUUUAAAGUAGGUAGUUAUAUUGAAAAAUUUGAACUUUUCUAGACCUAUUGUGUAGACCGCUUUCUUUUGUAUGUUUUUUUUUUUUAAUCAUGUUUUAUUAUUGCAGUUCUUCACAAACUGCAAUUUAAGGUUUUAUUCGGGGGGAAUGUUAUUUGUUCCAGCUGCCUUUAUAUGCAUUCAAUGAAAGGCGGUUGUGUAAAUGUUGAACAUACUUAAUAUUUAAAAAAAAAAAAAACUGAGGAUGAUGGUUGUUUCCUGCCAGGUAUGUGGGAUUUUUUGUUUUAUCACAGAGGUUUGUGUACUCACUAAAAGUUGAACCCAAGUUUAGCUACAUUUUUAACUCACACUUUGAUAUGUAAUAAUUAGAAAUUGCUCCAUGGCUUAAAUAACUUGAUCAUGACAACUUUUUAUUUAUUAUCUUACAAUGUUUCUAUACUUGAAGAAUCAAAAUAAUUUAAUCCAGGGCUGAGGAUUGAUUUAUUUAUUGUUGCUUUAUGUGACUGACUGCUGUGUGAAUGAUAUUCUUAAAUUGUAGAAAUGAAUGAUGUCACAAAUUCCAGUUUUUGUAACCAUUUCUUUAAAUGUGAGAUUACACUUGUAUUCCCCCCGUAUGUGGUGUCAGCACAAGGGGGGAUGUAUGACUAAUGCUCCUUUGCUACAGUGAGGUUGGCACAUUGUGUGAUAGUCAGGAUAUUUCCUCUAGUACUAGAAGUAUUGCAGAGUGGUCAGGCUAUUAGUAUGGCAAACAUACCGAAUUUUUAAAGGCAUCUGGAGAAAUAAUAGAUACACAGAUGUUUUGCAAACUCAAAGCACUAUCCCACAGUUCUGGUAUUUAGGCUAGCAUUUCUAUUAAUACUUGGCUAGCAGGACUUCCAUACUUGGACUGAGAGCUGCUGAGUUAUAGGGAUGUUACUAGAUUUUUAUUGUUUACAGGAAUCUUUCAUUUAAAGAUAACGGAGUAAUGGUUGGGUGCUACUCGGAAACAUUUGAGUAUUAAAGGGAAUCUAAUAGCCCUCCAUCUUGCUCUGAGUUCAAGCGUCAAGGAAGUGUUGCCAAGCUACAGGAUGCAGGUCUUCUUAGUCCCCCACCCCUUCCUGUUCAGCUUCUAGUGCAAAGUCUUGUUUGUUAAGCAGAGAGGAGUGGGGGAGGGAGAAAGCAUGCAUGAUGUGGUUUGGCAAUGCUCCAUUGACAUCUUAUCUUUUAGCAAUGGUUUAGAGUUGACAGAUUCUCUUUAAGGUUUCACCAAAUAGAGUUUAUUAUUUGUAUAAUAAAAAAUUAUACAAUUUUCUAAUAGAGUUCAUUGUUAAUUCUGCUUGUAGUCAUAAACUCCAUGGUGUAGGCUGAGCCUGCUCCACAAAUAGCAUGUGCCAGUUGUGUUAUAUUGCUGAUGCCUACAAUGACAGGGAUUCAAGAUGACUCAGAGCCCAGAGAUUUUACCUCUUGGAUGCCACGUUAAUACUGAUGCAAUUGUAGGGUGCUAAGCAGCUGCCACAGCAGCCACGGACCCGGGGAAGGAGCCCAGGUCUGCCAUGUUGAAAUCCUAAUACUACAUGCCUGAAGCAGGGUAUACUAGAAUUGCUUCUAUGGCAUGAUACACUGCAAUACAGAAGUAUUGCAGUAUAUUAUCACAUUUUUGACUGUUCCAUGUCCUUAGGGGACUUUCUUAAGUUAAAAAAUAAGGCUUUUAAAAAAAAAAAAAUAUCUAAAAAUUUUUUUUAUCGCCCUGUCCACCCCUACAAAUAUAAAUUGUAUGGUAUAUUAAAGGGGUACUCCAGUGGGGGGAAAAAAUGUCAAAUCCGAUUUAACUGUACUAUUGCACUUACAUGGCACAUUACACGGAACCCUUGUGAAUCGCCACAGUGAUUUUUAGCUGUGAGAGGAUGGGAAACAAAUGUUUUAAAAUCAACUGGUGCCAGAAAGUCACAGAUUUGUAAAAGACUUUUAUUAAAAAGUCCUAACCCUUCUAGUACUUAUCAGCUUCUGUAUACUACAGAGAAAGUUAUUUUCUGUCUGUCCACAGUGCCUUCUGCUGACACCUCUGUCCAAGUCAGGAACUGUCCAGAGUAGGAGAGGUUUUCUAUGGGGAUUUGCUUCUAAUCUGGACAGUUCCUGACACUGACAGAGGUGUCAGCAGAGAGCACUGUGGUCAGACUGGAAAAAAACUUCACAAAUUUCUCUGCAGUAUACAGCAGCUGAGAAGUACUGGAAGGGUUAGGAUUUAAUAGAAGUAAUUUACAAAUCUUAUGUGAGACUCUUGAAAUAGAGAAAUGAAUUGCACUCAUCACGUUUGAAGUCCCAGUUAUGUAGGUUGUUUUAUUCCAUAAGUGCUAGUGCAGACAUUACAGCAGAAUGUACGACCAUGGAGCGGGGAGUGAGAGCAGCCGCUCUCAGACGCAGGGGCACACCACAGGUGGCAACCAGUUUCGCGUCAGCCGACGCUUCUGUGGCAACUUUCUGGCAACAGUUGAUUUUAAAACAUUUGUUUUCCACUUGUUCCCACUGGAGUUCCCCUUUAAGCUAAUUAUAAGUACAUCCUCCCACAGCCAAAAAUCACUGUGGCGAUUCACAAGGGGUCCAUGUAAGUGCAAUAGUACAGUUAAAUGGGCACUGUCACUUUAUAAAUAACUUUACACAUGAUGUAGAGACAUGUCAAAAGUUUUGAUUGGUUCAGGUCUGAGUGUUUAGACUGUGACCGGCUGGAAGAAGUUUGUGCUAAGGGAAAGAAACUUCCAAUGUAAAUCUAUGGAAUUGUCUAGGUCAACCACGCUUUUCUCCCCACUCUAACUAUUCAGACCUCGACCAAUCAAAGCUUUUGACAUGUCUCUAGGACAUGUCAAAAUUUUUUUUUUUUGUAAUGACAAGUAGACUUUAAAGAGCAGACUACCUUCUUGACCAGGACAAUGAAGGAUUCUGUUCAAUAACUGCAAACAGAUACUUUUGAAACUGAGAAGGAAUUAGUACAAAAGGUAUACUAAAAAACUUGUUUCAUUUUUAUUACACAAAGAAUAAACUAUGCUGAAAGCCUAAAUAUCCCUUUUAAACGUUAUAAACUGCUAUUUGAAAAGGUCAGACAAGUCUCAUUCCAUUAUGACUAUUCAUGGUGCUAUGUUUCAGCUGUUGUGUGUAACAGCAGGAUCAGUAUAUAUCAGUUGAAUUUUAUUUUAUUUUUUGUAACUGGCAGUUUUCUUGUCAAAAUGCUGUAUAAUAUGAUGUAGACAUAUUUCAGUUCAGGCCUCUUUUUAUAUAUUUGUGGUGAUGUGUAUUAAAAAUGAAAAAAAAAAAAAAGAGUAACUAGCAGAUUAAAAAUGAAAGGCCUCUGCUCCUAUAUGCUACAUGUUUUUAUUUACUUGAAUUAAAUAUGAAUAUAAUUGUAAAAAUGUUUGUGCUUGAGAAUCUUAUCUGAAUAUACCUAUACUGACUCUUAAACCCGUAAGGCCCCAUUCACACACAGGAAUUUCCGAGCUAAUCUGGCAGAAAAAUUUAGCACAGAAAUUCUGUUGCUGCAGUGUCCCAUUGUUUUCAAUGGGAUUCUCCUUCACGCAGCAAAAUUUCCACACUGGAAACGUCUGCUGCGGAAAUAAAAAUUCCGAACUUUGCAGAAAAAAAGUCAAUUCUUUGUGGAAUCUGCUCAGAAAUGCAUUGCAUUCUAUGGAGACAGCACAUUUCCAAGCAUUCCUAGUGCCAGUUUGUUCUGCUGGCGUCUGUGGAAUGUCUGGCUUGAAAUUAAGCCGUGUAAAUGGUGCCUAAGGGUAUCUUCCAAUGGAUAGAUUAGCCGCAGAUUUUCUACAAGGAUUUGUGCUUGAAAAGUGCACAGCACAAUACAGUAGCAGCAAAGAGCAUGAGAUUUGAACAUUUGUGUCAUGAAAUGUUAUAGAUUUAUUUUCAGAUUUUUCUCACUUUUUGUUUUGCUGUGUAUUUUGACCUAUUUGUUGAAUUCAACGUGUUGCAUAUUUUGUUUUGGGUCACCAAAACAUUCAUAGGUUCAAGAACAACAAAACUUUAUAUUGGCAAUAAAUAUAUACCCGAUCCCUGGA